AUGGCGGACUUCUUCGACACAAUCGCCGAUGUAGGCAGCGAUGAAGAGGAGGAUGAGGACUUCGAUGGCGAGGCUGGCGAGGCCGGUGAAUCCAGGCCGAAGAAGACAAAUGGCACAAAUGGCAUCGACGACUCCAGCGAGGAGGAAGACGACGACGAUGAAGACCGACUGCGACAGGAAGGUGAAGGCUUCAUCGCAGACGAGGACGACGAAGAAGAUGAGAUCGCGGAGCGCAAGCGCAAGCGCAGAAAGAGGAAGAAGAACCGUGAAGAGGAGGAAGCCCUCGACGACGAGGAUCUGGACCUGAUCGGUGUCGAGGUUGAACGCCCGGCGGAAGAACAGUCGAGAUUCAAGCGUCUCAAGCGUGGCCACAAAGAGCGCGUAAAGUCUCGAGGUGUCGAUGACAUCUUCUCCGAUGACGAAGUAAACGAAGACUACGACGAGCCCCGCGCGCGCCUAGGCGACGAAUUUGAUGACUUCAUCGAGGACGACAAGUUCGAAGACGAGAUCGAAGACGACCGCGAUGUCACGCAACCAGGCAUAAACUUGAUCACGAAAGGACUGCAAGCUGCCGGUCUGGACGAAGGCGCUGAGGAAGACUACAGGGCUGCCUUUGGUGAUGGCACAGAUUACGACUGGGCGUUGGAGAUGCAAGAGGCUGAAGAGGAUGAGCAAGCUGGCGAAGGCCGUGAACUCCAACUCAAAGAUGUUUUCGAGCCAUCGCAAUUGCAGGAGCGCAUGCUUACGGAUGAAGACAACGUUAUCCGCGAGACUGACAUUCCCGAGCGACUGCAAUUGGCCCGGAGAUCCUUCAAGGAGAUCGAGCUCACACCAGAGGACAUGCAAGCACGCCUGACCGAGGAAGCUACCUGGAUCAGCAACAUGCUGUGGCCAAAGAAGGGUCUUCCGCGCUACUUCUUGCAACCUUUCGAGAAGGCUGUGCGUAAGGUUCUUGAGUUCAUCAAUCUUGAGGACUACGAAGUUCCCUUUAUCUUCAACCAUCGAAAAGACUACCUCAUCCAUGCACCGAGCGACAACGAUGACUACGACGAUAUUGAUAACCCGCCGCCUAUGGAUGCACGACCGGAGCGCCUGCUCAACCAAGCCGAUUUGUGGGAAGUCUUCGAGUUCGAUCUCAAGUUCAGGGCCUUCGCAGAGAAGCGUGACGCCCUCAGGCAGAACUACGAGAACCUCAAGAGCGUAUACUCUGACAUCACCGAUAACGAGAUCGAGGAGUUGACGUCCAGAGCCAUCACUAUCGAAGAGAUUCAGGAACUUCAGGAUUAUCUGCACUACAAGUAUUCGCAAGAGAUCAACGAAGUCCGACAAGAAUUGAAUGGAACACAGAAGCGUGCCAACAACGCGCGGAGCUUUUUCGACAAGUUGCGGGGUGGUAAGGCAAACCAAUUCGUCAAGGCUAUCGGCAUCACACCAGAGGACUUCGCGAAGAGGGUCGACGGGUCUAGUCGAGGCGCGUAUACUAUCGAGGAUCCGCCGUACAAGGUUGAGGAGCUCGCCGACCAAAUGGCCGAGGCUCCAGAGACUGGCGCUACCCUUCUCAGGUCCACCAAGCUUCUAUUUGUUGAAGAUUUGAAGAUGUGCUCGCGUCUGCGCCGAUACUUGCGCGGUAGCUUCUACCAGAAUGCUCAGAUCGACUGCAUCCGCACCGACAAGGGUAUGCGCAAGAUUACAGAAGACCACCCCUACUAUGAGUUCAAAUACCUCCGCGGCGUAACAUUUUCGGAUCUCCAGGGUCGACCAGAUCUUUUCUUGAAGAUGCUGAAAGCUGAGGCGGAAGGUCUCGUUCGGGUCAAGAUUUCCAUGGGCAACUACAACACGUUCAAGACAAGACUUGAAGAGAAGAUCAUCUCCGAUGGUGUCAGCGACAUCUCCGACACUUGGAACAACCUUCGGAAGGAACUGCUCGGUGCUGCUCUAGGCAAGCUACAGGAUCUCAUCGCGAACGGUGUUAAGGAAACUCUGCGCGCUCGAUGUGAAGACGAGCUUGCCGCAUCAGCCAGAGAAAACUAUUACAACAAGCUUGACCAGGCACCUUACAAGCUGAAGAGCGCACCUCUCGGAUCCGUACCUAACGUCCUCUGCCUGACCAACGGCAAGGGUCAACGUGGAGACGCAAUCAUGUGGGCUUACGUCGAGAACGACGGACGGGUUCUUGAGCACGGCCGCUUAGUCGAGAUGCGACUUGGGAACGCAGAGCGUGGUAUUCCUGAAGGCCAAGACAUCGAGAAGCUGGUAGACGUAAUACAGCGUCGCCGUCCAGACGUCAUUGGUGUCAGUGGCUUCGCGGUAGAGACACGUAAGCUGUACAAGGACAUACAAGAGAUUAUCGGUCAGCGAGGUCUAACAGGUCCGGCCUACGAAGACGAAGACACCGGUGAAGAGAAGUACGAGUCGUUGGAAGUCAUUAUGGUCAACGAUGAGGUCGCUCGUCUUUACCACACAAGUGCUCGGGCUGUCGCCGAGUUCCCCAAGUAUCCCGCAUUAACGAGGUAUUGUGUUGCUCUUGGCCGAUAUCUGCAAAACCCAUUGGCAGAAUACGCAUCGCUUGGCAAAGACAUCGUUUCGAUUCCCUUUAUCCCGAACCAAACCCUGAUUCCACAAGAGAAGCUUCUCGACCGACUCGAAACCGCUAUGGUAGACAUGGUCAAUCUUGUGGGUAUCGACUUACCGGAGACCUACGACGACAAGUACCUAUCAAAGUUGAUACCUUACGUGUGCGGUCUGGGACCUCGUAAAGCCGAUCGUUUGAUCAAAGCCAUCCAGGCGAACAGCGAUGAGAUCUUGUCGCGAUUCGAUCUACUUGGUGUAUCUGAGUCCCGCGACCUUAAGGCGGCUAUGGGCCCCAAGGUCUUCCAGAACUGCGCCAGUUUCCUGUAUAUUCCUUAUGAUUCAACAGAGGAGUCGUCCGACUACCUGGACUACACCCGUGUACACCCAGAAGAUUACGACCUUGCCAGGAAAAUGGUUGCCGAUGCUCUUAACAUGGAUGAGGAAGAUGUCAAGGCUGAGACAGAUGAAGGUGGCCCCAGUGCUGUCGUCAGAAAGAUGGUGCGGGAGGAGACUACCGAUCUGGUCAACGAUCUGGCGCUCGAAGACUACGCGAAUGAAAUUGAGAAGAAUUUCGGUCAGCGUAAGCGCGCGACGCUUGAGACAAUUCGUGCUGAGCUCGACAACCCUUACGAGGAAAUUCGACAGAUUUUCGCACUCUUGUCUGGCAGCGAGAUGUUCACAAUGUUGACUGGUGAGACGGAGGAGACCCUGUAUGAGGGUAUGGUUGUACCUGUUACCAUCAGGCGCACAUUCCCAGACCACAUUGAAGUCAAGCUCGAAUGUGGCAUCGAAGGUGGUGUCUCCGAGUCGGAGUUUCCAGAGGGCGUUGGCAGUGGUGGACAAGAGCCUCGCCAUGUCUACCAGAACAACCAGAUCGUACGCGCACGAAUCGUCUACCUCAACCGCAAAGCUCUCACCGCUCAACUGUCGCUUCGAGACGAUCUCAUCCGACAACCAGAGAAGAAGCCCUACAACCGCGCGGCUGGCGAGUGGGACGAAGCGCAAGAAGCUCUCGACAAGAAGGCUGCCGAAAAGGAGAAGGAAGUUGCGUCUGGUCGGCCCAACCGUGUCGUCAACCAUCCUCUUUUCUUUUCCUUCAACACUAUGCAAGCCGAGGAGUACCUGGGCGGAAAGGAGACUGGUGACCUGGUCAUUCGUCCAUCGUCCAAGGGUUUCGAUCAUCUCGUUGUCACAUGGAAAGUGUCCAACAAUUCAUACCAACAUCUUGACGUUCUCGAAAUGAACAAGCCCAACCAGUUCUCGCUCGGAAAGCAACUCAAGAUCGGAAAGCACACAUACUCCGAUCUUGACGAGUUAAUCGUCAACCACGUGGAGGCAAUGGCGCGCAAGGUCACAGAAAUUACACGAGACGAUAAGUUCCAACCUGGUACACGAGAAGAUACUGAAAAAUGGCUAGAGGUCUACUGCGAGGCCAACGCUUCACGCUCCAUGUACGCAUUCUGCAGCAUGCCCAAAUACCCCGGUCACUUCUGGAUCUGCUUCCAGAUGAGCGCCAAGGGACCUAGGGGUGCAUGGCCUAUCAAGGUCGUACCGAACGCGUUUGAGCUACACAAGAACGUCUAUCCUGACAUGGUAGCACUCAAGAACGGUUUCAAGAUGUUGAUCACCACUGCGGCUGGCAAGAAUCAGCCUCCUAGGCGUUGA